AGAGUCUCAAACCCACUUCAUAAUAAGAGUCUCAGUUUUAUUAUGCAAGUGAUUCGCCUGCAGUGUGCAUACUUUUAUUAUGAAGGUUAUCCCCAUUAGUUCACAGACUUUUAUUAUGAAAGUUAUCUCCUUGCAGUGUGAAAUUGGCAGUGUGAAGGGGCAGAUUAUGGCGUGGAUGAGCAGAGCGGGCAGUUGGGCAGUGUGGAGCGGGGCAACAGGGGCAGUUCUCCAUCAACCCGGAGCACACAGAGGAUUUCUCCUUCCCCAUCAGCAGAGAUGUGGCUUCCGAAAGGCUUUGAAAAAGGUGGAGCCAAAGAAGGAGGCGGAGCAGGCUGAACUGGUGCAAAAGAAAGACAUGGCUCCACAGGUUGAACCUCCCACCCCGCACCAGCCCGACAGGUCAUUCGGCCGACUGGUGAAGCCGCUGGUGUUCACAGUGGGGUUUACAGGUUGUUCGUUUGGAGGGGCAGCAAUCUGGCAGUACGAAAGUCUGAAGUCUCGUGUUCAGAGCUAUUUUGACGAGGUGCGAACUGACUGGCUGGAUAAGCUGCGGCCACAGAAACACGGAGAUUUCCGCAAAGAGAUUAAUCAGUGGUGGAACAGUCUGAGUGAAGGCCAGAAAUACGUUACGGGGAUCAUAGCGACCAAUGUUCUAGUGUUUUGUUGUUGGCGAGUCCCGUCUCUUCAGCGUUCCAUGUUAAAAUACUUCACUUCUAACCCCGCCUCCAAAACUCUGUGCUGGCCAAUGCUGCUGUCUACCUUCAGUCAUUACUCUCUGUUCCACAUGGCCGCCAACAUGUACGUCCUGUGGAGCUUCUCGUCCAGUAUCGUCAACAUUAUGGGCAAAGAGCAGUUCCUCGCUAUGUACCUGUCAGCAGGGGUUAUCUCCUCGUUUGUCAGUUAUGUGUGUAAAACAGCCACAGGCCGGCUGGGACCAUCACUGGGCGCAUCUGGGGCUAUAAUGACCGUCCUGGCGGCCGUGUGCACGAAGAUGCCCGAAGCGAAACUUGCAAUCAUCUUCCUCCCCAUGUACACCUUCACUGCUGGGAAUGCACUGAAAGUCAUCAUUGCCAUGGAUACGGCUGGCCUAAUUAUGGGAUGGCGUUUUUUUGACCAUGCUGCACAUUUAGGAGGAGCUCUGUUUGGCAUAUGGUAUGUCCUGUACGGUCAUGAGCUGAUCUGGAAGAACAGAGAGCCACUAGUGAAGAUGUGGCAUAACCUCAGGACCCGAGGCCCCGGCUCUGGAGGAAACGGCUCACUCUAGAGGAUCAGGAGAGAACAACAGGACAGACAGACAGCAGUAAGAGAGCAGACAGUUAGACCACCAUCAUUCUUUAUGUCUCUCUCUUACACACACACACACAUACACACAGAAAAAAACCCACUCAGGUUAACUUUUAAUUAACGCCCAACUGAAUCUUUUUCUGUAGCUGCUGUUGCAUGGUUAGAGGAGCUUUACAACAGUUUUAUUAAAGCUUCUCCAACAGUUCCUAAAAACAUGUUAGUGGAAGGAGUUUGGAUAGUUCAUCCACUCAGAGCAGUGAACCCGGGGUCAUUUUUAGAUCUCAAAACAAACCUCUAAAUGAGCGGCAUGAGGUCCAGCAGGGUGAUCUGGCUCCAGAUGUGCAGGCCGCAACACUCAGAACCUGUCAUUUUCUGUACUAUUUGUUUUUUUGUUGGACAAUGAAUAAAAUGUUUAUUUAAGGUCAGAAAA